GGAGACAUCGUCCCCAUGAGCAAGAUGGGCCAAUCCCACUCUUCGAGAACUGUCUGGUAUGAUGUCAUCGGUCGCCACUGCCCGAUCUUUGCCGUAAAUUGUGAGGUUUUGAUUCCCAUAUCGAAGCCUACUGGUUACACUGGUGCAGAUCCUUAUAAAAUAUCAUUUCAAGUUGGAAGGGAGAAAUUUCUUAUACCAUGGCUUCUCGUGAUAAAUAGCAAGAGCUCUGAAGUUCCAAUGAUUGAUGUCCACUUGAGGUACUUGGGAAGUGAUUUACAUGGCGUCAUGGCUAGAGUUAUAGACAUGCCUCACCACUAUGUUGAGAUUCAUCAAGACAUACAUAAGAACUUCUGGAAUUCGGAACAAUGGCCGAAACACAUGCUUGUUAGAUAUACAUGGGAGGAGCAGUCGGAGAUAGAUGUUGCUGGUGGCUUUUACGUCCUAUUUGGAUCAGGACUCUUGUUGUCAUUUAUUCUCGCAAUUUAUGUGUUGCAGUCUUCUCAAUACAAACUAGCAAGGUUUGUGAGGGAGACUGUUGCAGAAAGCAGCAUACCUGGGGGAGGAGCGGCAAAGGUUGAAUGAUGAAUUUUCAACAGGAUCGAAGCUGCCGCUAUCCGGGCAAUGAAAUGGCUUAGCAUGAGGUAUUUCAAAGAUGCAUGCAGUGAUAUGUCUCGGCUUGAGGAAUUUCAAAGACGUCAACUUGUGCGAUACUUGUGAGGUAUACCUGAUUGAAGAUGUCAUUUUCUUCUUUUCCUUCUGGAAAUCGAGCAGGGGAGAUGAUAUUCUGUUUUCCCCCCUAUUUUAGUAUACUGGUGAGUUGGGAUUCUCUUAUUCAUGUCCUUCCUGUUUCAGGUACAACAUGAGGAUAUGAUUCUUGUAUCCCCCUUGUUUUAGUAAGCUAUGGUGUAUGAAGUUCCUUUGUCCA